UCCAUGAGUUGAAAGCACUCAGACAAGAAACAGCCACACUCAGAAACACUUGGAGUUGCUGAAAUACUACGGUCUACUGGAUUUUCACUGUUCAACUUUUGAAAGACUAAUCAAGUAUGUGUAAAGGAUUAGCUGCUUUACCGCAGACCUGCCUUGUGAGGGCCAAGGAGAUCAAGUCUAAGUUGGGAGUGUUGCUGCAGAAGCCCGAUCAGAAUGCCAUAGACCUGAUCAUCCCCUAUCCGGAGAAAACCGAGAAGAAACCGGAGAAGCUGCAAAAGCCGACUGCAGAAGAAAUUGCUGAAUGGCGGGAGUGCCUGGACCAUGUGUUGACCAGCAAUUAUGGUGUGCAUGCCUUCCGUACCUUCCUGCAGUCUGAGUUCAGUGAGGAGAACAUUGAGUUCUGGGUGGCGUGUGAGGACUUCAAGAAGACCAAGAACCCAGUCAAGAUGGCCGCCAAGGCCAAGAAGAUCUACGAGGAUUUCAUCCAGGCUGAGGGACCAAGAGAGGUCAACAUUGACCAUGUCACCAAGGACGUAACCCUGAGAAACCUGGUGGACCUCUCCCCGGCGACCUUUGACCUGGCCCAAAAGAGGAUCUUUGCCCUGAUGGAGAAGGACUCCUUCGGGCGCUUCCUGCGGUCCGAGCAGUACCAGGAGAUCCUGGUCAACUAAAGCCUAUCCAUCUCGGUGGAAGGAGUAUUAAAUUCACUAUUAAGCUUGGAUUUGGUUUUAAAGGUAAAAGCUGAUUAAAACCCUGAUUAACAUAAAGAUGUUAUACAGUCAUUUUGGUUGGAUGGAUAAUGCAUGGGCUUUGAACAUCCCCCCCUUCCCCCACCCUAGAAUCGUUCUGAAAUGGUCUUCAUCUGUAUGGGUAUCAUUUCGUUUUAUUACAAGGAAAAACACAAGGAGGAGCUAUUUUCAAAAAAAUAAUAAAAAAAGGUUUUAUUGAAAGCAGUUAAUCAAGAUUACAUUCCUUAACAUGAAGAAAAAGUUAUCUCUCUCUAUUUGUCAUUGUAAUGGCCUUGAUAGUUUAAAUAAUAUGUUGAAAACUACAACACUAACACUUAAUGUUUACCACAUGACAUGACAUUUAAGUUUUACUAGGACUAGGCCCACAAAGUGAUGAGGAAAACAAGAUGGAAUACACAAAUGCUGUGGUAAGACCUAAACAUCAUCCAAAAACUAAGCAUUUGGCAAAGGUCUUUGGACCUUUUCUCUGGUAUUUCCAGAGCAAUUCACUGUCAAAUCAAUCCACAGUGAAUAUGUGCAUUGACCCGCUUCCAGUAAUAUUUCAACAUUUGAUUUAUUCAUCAAAGCUAGGUUAUGUCUCUCUCACAGGCACACACACACACACACACACACACACACACACACACACACACACACACACACACACACACACACACACACACACACACACACGCACACACACACCCACACACGCACACACACCCACAAACACA